AUGGACAGAAUUAGGGAGCGCAUGAACGUCCUCCGUCAGGAGUGUGACGACGCUCACGAGAAAUCCGAAGAGCUGGCCAAGACUAUUAAGAUCCUGGAAGAGCAGAACCAAACUCAGGGGCACGAAAUUACAUCCCUUACGGUCCGUAACAAGAACCUUGAGGAUGAAGUUGAGAAGCUGGAGGCCAGCGUAAAGGAGGCCAAGGACGCCGCCAGCACCAGUGCCCAACAUGACACUCACAACGAGGCUCUACAGCGACGGGUGCAGCUUCUCGAGGAUGAGGCUGAGGAAAACGACAAGACUCUGCGUGAGACCAACGAGAAGCUCCGCCAAACCGACGUGAAGGCUGGCCACUACGAGCGCAAGGUGCAAGCACUUGAAACCGAACGUGACAACUGGGAGGCCAAGUACGAGGAAAUGGCAAAGAAGCAUGACGAUUUGAAGAAGGAUCUCCACGAACUUGAGGUCUCCAUCAGCAACGUUUAA